AUGGCGGCGACUUCGGCGCUGCCGGAACAGCUGCGCCAACGCCGCGACCAGCGGAGCCGCCGGACAAAGGGCAACGAGGCUGCAGCAGAAUUCAGAAUGGCCUCAGGAAAGAGCCCAAACCCAGACCUGUUCCAGGCUGAGGAGCAGCAGCAAGCAAGUGCUGUCAAUAGAGUAACCAGCUUGCCCUUGCUCAACUCUGCAUUCAACCUGGUCUCCUCUGCCUACAACUACACCAAGGAGUCUCACCCUUGCCUCAGUGGUGUCUGCAACGUGGCUGAGACAGUGGCUGCCGUGGCAUGGGCAGUGUGGUUGGAAAAAAAAAACCUCGAGCCACAGAUUGCACUUGUGAAUGAAUAUGCUUGUAAAGGGCUGGAUCAGCUGGAGGAGAACUUGCCUUUUCUUCAGCAGCCAGCAGAUAAGGUCAUCUCAGACACCAAGCAGCUGGUUUCCACCAAGGUGACAUCAGCUAUGGAUGCUGCCUGUGAGGCAAGAGAAGCCAUGGCUGAGAAAGUCACUGAAGCUGUGGACCUCACUAAAAAUGUUGUUGGGGACAGUGUCAAGUUGACCAGGUCUAUGGUCACCUCCACUGUUAACAGUGCUGUGGAGGCUGCAGUGAGCCAAGCUGUGGCUGGAGGGGUGGAAACUGUCCUGGGUAUGUCAGAAGACCUGGUGGACAACUACCUCCCGAUGACUGAGGAGGAACUAGGUAAACUGGCCACCACUGUGGAGGGGUUUGAGAUGUCUUCUGUGGAGGAGCAGAAACGGCAGAGGAGCUACUUUGUGCGCUUGGGGUCUCUCUCCAGCAAAGUCCAGCACAGAGCCUACCAGCUCUCCCUCAGCAAGCUGCAGUGCAUCAGGCACAGAACCCAGGACAUCCUCUCACGACUACAGCAGGCAAUAAAACUGAUUGAAGGUGUGAAACAGGAGGUUGGCCAGAAGCUGCUGGAUGGGCAGGAGAAGCUCCAUCAGCUGUGGGUGGACUGGAGCCUAACCCAACCCAAAGGCAACCAAGUUCAAACUGCCUGCCAGCCAGAGCAGGUAGAGUCCCGGACUCUAGCUAUGCUGAGGAUCAUCACUCAGCAGCUACCACCUAUCUAUGAGAACCUGAAACUCAGCAUCCAAGGCCUUCCCUGCAACAUCCAGGAAGUUCUGUAUGAGGCUACUCGAAAAAUCCACAAGCUCCAUAGCUCUUUUUCCAGUGCUGUGUCUUUCCAGGACCUCUCCAGCACCACCCUGACCCAGAGCCAGGACCAUGUGGCAGAAGCCCAGAGGUCCCUUGAUGUCCUGUUAGAGUAUGUCACUCAGAGCAUCCCUCUAAACUGGCUUGUGGGGCCCUUCAGGGCCAUAGCUAAGGGGGCACAGGACAGCAGAAAGCAGAAGAAAGAUAAGGUGACUGAUAGGAAGUUACCCAUGUUGGAAAAGGGUCCAUCAUCAAAGAAGGUGACUAUAGAAGCUGAAGAGCCAAAGGGAGACAACAGGACCCUGGAGAAAUG